AUGGCAUUGUCUUUCAGUACUCCGCCGUCCACAGCAACGGCGUCUCUUACACCAUUCCAAGCCAAAAUCCCCACUGCCAAACUCGACGAGCUCGAAACGUUGAUAAAGCUAGCAAAACUUGCACCGCCGACCUACGAGAAUUCCCAACUAGACCGUCGCUAUGGUGUCUCUACCGACUGGCUAGUAACCAUGCGGGAUCUAUGGCUGAGGUCUUAUCACUGGAAAUCCACGGAGGAUCGAAUUAAUACUUUCCCUCAGUAUACCACCGAGAUUGAAGGUCUUACGAUUCAUUUUGUAGGGUUGUUUUCGAAAAGGAAGGAUGCCGUUCCUCUGUUGUUGUUGCAUGGAUGGCCUGGGAGCUUCCUCGAGUUUUUGCCUAUACUGCAAAAGUUCCGAGAGGAGUAUACGCCGGAAACCUUGCCUUAUCACUUGAUUGUACCUUCAUUGCCAGGUUACACAUUCUCCUCUGGACCCCCGUUGGAUAGAGAUUUUGAAAUAGGUGACAUUGCUCGUGUGGUGGAUAAGCUGAUGAAAAGCCUCGGCUUUGGGGGUGGAUAUGUUGCCCAGGGAGGUGAUAUUGGAAGUCGGAUUGCCAGGCACUUGGGCGUGGAACAUGAGAGCUGUAAAGCUGUGCACGUAAAUGUGGUUUUCAUGAGAAAGCCAGACGGCUUGACGGACGACCACCUGAAUGCCUCUGAGAUACAGGGCGUCAAGAGGAUGCUGAACUUUGUGACUACCGGCGCAGGCUAUGCGAUGGAGCAAGGCACUCGACCCAGCACCAUCGGGCACGUUUUGGCAUCGAGCCCUAUUGCUCUACUAGCAUGGAUUGGAGAGAAAUUCUUGGAAUGGGUCGACGAUCCGCUUGCCCCAGAUGACAUUUUGGAAUCUGUCACCUUGUACUGGCUUACCGAGACGUUCCCCCGAGCGAUCUAUACUUACCGAGCGAACUAUCCUCCCCCACCGCUUCCGUCUUCCAAUGACCCCCGCUGGUAUAUCCACAAGCCCUUUGGAUUUUCUUCUUUUCCUAUGGAGCUUGCUCCGCUGCCGCGCUCGUGGAUUGAGACCACUGGAGACCUGGUCUUCUGGGAGCAGCACCCGAAGGGUGGUCAUUUCGCGGCACUAGAGCAGCCUGAUGAAUUGAAGACGGACUUGAUCAAGUUUGUAGAUCAGGUGUGGCCAGGCAUUAUUGGUGCCGAAUAA